AUAACCCAUUCUUGCCUCAAACAAAUAGGCUGCAGCCAAAGAUGUCCCCAUCUGCAAUAUCAGGCCCUGCACAUCUCUUUAGGCUUGCUGGCAAGUGUUUCAGUUUUGUGGAAUCCACGUACAAGUAUGAGUUUUGUCCUUUCCAUAAUGUCACUCAGCAUGAGCAGACUUUUCGAUGGAAUGCCUAUAGUGGGAUUUUAGGAAUCUGGCAUGAAUGGGAAAUUGACAACAACACAUUUGUUGGAAUGUGGAUGAGGGAAGGAGACUCAUGUGAAACUAAGAGCAGACAGACAAAGGUUCAUCUUGUUUGUGGAAAGAGCAAUAAAUUGGCUUAUGUGUCUGAGCCGAGUACUUGUGUUUACUCUCUGACAUUUGAGACUCCUCUCGUGUGCCAUCCCCACUCUCUUUUAGUUUAUCCGACUCUGACUGAAGCACUACAAAGGAAGUGGGAUGAAGCAGAGCAGCUUCUGUGUGAUGAACUAAUAACUGACCAGGGAUACAAAAAAAUACUAAAAGAGAUUUUUGAAGAAGCAGGACUUCUAAAAGCAACAGAAGAAAAGGAAGUUGAGAAACAGAAUAAGAAAAUAAGUCUGGAAUUUGAAACAGUGGAGAAGUGCAGUAAGGAAUACAAGCAACUUUCUAAAGAAAUAAAAAAACUUAAAGAUUUAUUAAGUCAGCACGGUAUCGCAUACAAAGGAAACUCUGCUGAAAAUAUCAGUGUUGAACAUUUAAGCCACAAACUGGCAACUGCAGUGACAACUGUUCUUAAUGGGUCAAAGGAUGAUGAGCACCUGCAUGGCGAUACAGGAAUUUGGAAUGACACUGUAUGAAGAAACUUGGGUGGAAUGUCAAGCAAGUUGAAUGUGUAUCAUGGCACUAAAAU